AUGAGUGUAUUUCUGACAGUAUUUUUAUAUUCGGUUACGAGCAGCUUGUUUUUCCCGGUUUUUCAGUCACUGGUAUUUUUCAAGGUUUGUUUGAUGGCGAAAAAAAAAUUAGAAAUGAUUUCGGGAAUGUUUCACGUGACCCCUGCAAGUGUCAUUUCUAUUUUUAUUUUUUAUUUUUUGAAAAAUUACGAAUUUCAUUUUUUUGUGUGCGCCACGAUAAUUCAAUUUCAAUAAGAAAUUCAAUUUGAAAAUUUCGUACGAUUAAAAAUUCUAAUUUUUCAGUCAUGCAUAUCAAUUGCCAAUUCAACAGAUCCAAAUUAUUGUUAUGAUCGAGAAGCUUCUGCAAAAAAUGAAGCAAUCCACACAUUAUCAAACAUGGUUUUACUUGUAUCGUGAGCAUAAUCCACUUCAAUCAACUUUUCUUUUCAAAAACCCGAUAUUUUUCAGAAGUUCGGGUUUAUGUAUCACCGCUUUUUUCACAAGUCGAUAUGUUGGUCGACUUUCAGAUAUCAAAUCACGAAAACUAGCACUUUUGAUCCCAUUUUUUGGAUUGAUCCUCGCUGAUUUAUCGAUUAUUGUUCAAGUUGUUAUACCAGAAAUUCCACCAUAUUUCUUUAUUCUUUCCGAAAUAAUUUUUGGACUUUUUGGUGGAUAUAUGUCGAUUACAUCAUGUGCAUUUGCAAUUAUUUCAUCUUAUCAUAAAGAUCCAAGAGAAAGAGCAAAAGUUAUUGCAAGAAUGGAAGGAAAUGUCGCUUUUGGAUGUAAGAUUGAAUUCUUCAAAUCUACAAAUUUAGAAUCAUAUUCAGAAUUGACUUUUUUUCAGCGAUGGUUGGGUUUUUGAUAUCAUCCCAACUUGAUAGAACAGAUUAUCUUGGAAUGUGUGGAUUAAUUUUGAUUGCGCACAUUGGUGCAUUUAUAUCCGCGAUGUUUGUAAAAGAUGAACCAAAAAUUUCUGAAACAAAUGCCAUUCAAACAUCCAAUAAACCAUCAAUUUUUGUAAGCCUAUUAGGUUUAAAUAUUAUUCCAGUCUCAUAUUUUUACAGACUUCAACAAGUAUUUUCACUGGAAAAUCGUAUGAUACCAAAAAGUCUCUCUGUAUUCUAUACUUUUCAUUUGCACUCUCAUAUUUUGCAUUUAUCGGUUCAACUCGAAUUCUCUUCUUUUAUUUGAAACACAAAUUCUAUUGGGGAAAUGAAAAAUAUGGAUAUUUGAAAGGACUCAAUCAAGGAACGACUACAGUUUUGGCCAUUUUCUUGUUUCCCUGCUCUGAAAACUGCCGGAUUUAAAGAUACGACUUUGGCGAUUUUCGGAUUGGUGACAAGAAGUAUUGGAAGAGCAUGGUGAGAUUUGAAAAAAAAAAUUGGAAAGACUGGGAGAUUCUGGAACCUUGAUUCUUCUUUAAAAAAAUCUAGAAUCCAAAAAGUCGGACAUAUUUUUUGAAACAGAAAUAUUUGAAAUUGUUAUUGUCUGAUAAUUCCUCUGCUAUUCGAAAUUCUCUGGUCUAGUGUCUAUUGUACUUUUUUGCAGGUAUGCAUUUGCUUGGAAUGACAUUGGUAUUUAUUCAGUUGUUUUCUUCGAAAUGUUCUCAAAAUUCCCGGCAACUUCUCUUCGUAGUUUGAUCUCUACAAAUGUGGCUGAAAAUGAAAGAGGAGCUGCAUUUGCUUUGGUUGCUGUCAUCGAAGCAUUUUGUAAUUUGACGUCAUCAGUUAUCUUCCACGGAUUAUUCCCAUUAACAAUCUCGUUUUGCCCAGAAUUAUCAUUUUAUGUUAUGCCACUUAUCAUUGUUCCAGCUAUUAUUUUGAUGGGGUGAGUUAUUCAGGCAAUUAUUGAAAACAUAUGAAUGAGAACCAAAAUAUCUGAACACUUUUGUGAAGUGAUUUAGGAACAUAUCCUGAUUUCUUACUGGCCUGAAAAUAUGAAAUUUUCAGUGCCUUGUUCUCACAUGAUUUUUGUCCAAUCAAUUUUUUUUCUUCUUCCAGGCUAAAUCGAAAAAUGCUCGAACAUCCAACAAAAGAGCAAUUGGCCGAAAUUCGUGAAGCAGCUGCCAAUGAAAAACCUGAAACCGAAAGAUUGACUGAAAAUGUUGUCGCAUAA